CUCAGCACACCGGUCACGGCGUUUCCGUACCCCGCCCGGCUGACAAGAGGCUUGUUCCAAUCACAUCUUCACAGCCUCCCUCAACCGUAAGAGCCGAGCCUACGAGGACAGUGAAUAACCUCGUCCAAGCCGAUGUUGUUCAGAGGGCGUUGUUAGCACACCAUCGUAUCAUGUCGUUGAUAUCUUCUCCUAGCUGUACUUCUCAGGAUAUACAAGCUAUGGUAGUAGCGACCUCCGUUAGCCGAAACAUCUCCAGCGGCAAUGCUGUUCAAAUCAACGGGCCUGUGGCAGAUAAGGUCUAUAAUCUUAACUUCAAGACUCUAGUUGUGUCUCCAGACUGCAAGUGCGGCUGGGGUACAGAGAUAGUCUCGUCUGGGAACGAAUCAGCACUACCGAGUAGAUGCGCGGCGAAGAUGCCGAACAAGAGCAAAGUACUCAAGACUCCAUCUUCGUCGAAAGUGUCCGGGAAAUUUACUGUACAAUUGCCAGCUGAAGUAUUCGCUGUUCUCGCCGCGAUUCAAGCUACCACUCAACUCGUGGAACAAGCCUUUCGAAUUGUCGAUCGCCUCCGCAAGGCGCAUAGUCGUCAAAAAGCUCUGGCUGAUGUCUUGACCCGACACCGUAGCGAACUCGAAAGCAUCAAAGCGAUCAUCGGUAUUAUAGAUGAUGAGGAAGAUUUGCAAAUCCCUACUGUGGCUACAGAACUAGUCCGACUGCAAGGCGUUCAAGUCAGGCUGGCCGAAUUGCUUGAGAACCUGGAUCCGAAGAUGACAAGUAAGAUGAAUCAGAUUGCACGCCAGCUGACGUCUGGCUCGGCAGACGAGAAGAAACUGGGUGACAUUAUGGAUGAGUUGGUUCAAGUAAAGACGAUGCUUGUGUUGCGGAUCCAAGUCGCCCAUGUCGGAGUGAUACGUACCAUAGGGAAAGAAGCCGUGGUCAAUGCUGAAGCGAUACAGCGAAUCGAUGAGUAUUUAAGGGAGCACGUCCAUAAUUGCGAAGGCCUCAAAAUCGCGAAAUUAUUGAAGGGCCGACGUCCGUCAAAUGAUGGCACUGUGCCAUUAACUCUUGCGGACCUCAAGGCUCUGAACAACGAAGCUAAUGGCGAGGGCGAAGAUAGCGGCGACGAGACGCUUGUUGACGAUUCUGAGACGUCGCCACGAGAUUUGCCGGUCAAGACGGAGCGCAUUAUUACACGCAACAUAGCGCGCAACCAGGCUCUUCAGAUUAAUGCUGCAGUUAUAGAGGACCUUUGGAAAGACGUGAACCAUCUCAAGAUUCAUGACAACGUCGCCGAAGACGAGAGUACGCAGGUCAACUAUGCCAUGAACCGCGAGGUGUUUUCGAUGUUAUUUGAGCAACGGAACAAGGUCGUAGCAGCGCCCCGACAGAGGACGGCAGUGCGCGCCAAGAGAGCGUCUUGAGGGUCUAGGACGGUGGAAGUUUUAGAUUCAGCGAGUAUUUAUUCUUCGCAGAAAGCGGAAGAGUGCCGCGUGUUGAUAAUCGAACAAAUUCCUCACGUAUGAGGUUACGGUAGAACGAAUUACAUUGUUUAACGG